GCAGACUCCAAGUUCCAUUGCAACACGUUGGGGGAGGCGGCAGCUGCGGUGUGAUUUUCCGAGGUGAUGCCGUAGCCGUAGCUCCCCGUCCCAUCAUCGAACUGACCUGCGCCGAAUCUCGGUAAACCUGCGUCGACCAAGUUCCCAAGCAUCCCACGAUCACUACCGUCCAAACCCACAAGCCAGCGUCGACGAUGGCUUCCGACGACUCCCUCCACCCGCUUGCCGAGUCCGGCGUGACAAUCCGGUCCGACAGUGAGCAGUACUCCCAAGGCGAGGAUCUCACCGAAUCACCUCCCUCGUCGAACUCGCCCAUCAUCCUCUACAAGCCCCCCACGUUCUGGGGCUUGGUCCGCGGCGCCGCUAUCAACCUAUUUUUGCCCUUCAUCAAUGGCAUGAUGCUGGGUUUCGGAGAGUUGUUCGCACACGAGGCUGCCUUUAGGCUAGGAUGGGGCGGCACCAAGGUCUUUCCCCUGUCCCGGAGGACGGCGCACGCUAUUGGCCCCGGCCUUGAGAUUCGUGACAAGCACCGGAGGCCUUCUACCGGUCUCGAUGACUUGACGAGCUUGGAGUGACUAGGCGGAUGGGCAUAAAAGCCCGAGUGCACCCACGAAGACAGGUCGCCCCCGACCAUGUGAAGUACAAUCAUGUGAGGUCGCAACCCACCCUAAGAGAGAAGACAAGGAACGAUGGUAUCCCUCAGCGACGGAAAGCUGCUGCGAGGUGUCGGGAUUGUUACAAAUACUGCCCAGGCCAGACAUACUACCUAGGCAAGGCUAUAUGCAUCGGCGUACGGGAAGAGUAAAGGCAUUCACAGAGUACGGCCCUUGGACAGAUGGCGUGGAUCAGGUUACAGUGACGAGUUCAAGACUCGAGGGUCAUACAUAUGCAGAGGAUCAAAAGAAACCAAAAUACAGCAUUUUCCCUCAUUCGUUAACGGUUCACCCUAAACUUUGUUCGAUGAAUUUAAUCAUCUUUACCUAGUUCCAAUUAAGCUCCUCCGUGUAAA